GCUCAUGUACUCACCAGAGAUCGCUUCUGCCAUUGAUUAUUACGACCAUGUAAAAGUUAAAGUGUAAGUCAGAGUAGUCUGGUUGCAGGAAAAGGAUCUACCUUGCAAGUGCACGCUAGCAAGAAUUCCACUUCUUCUACACCAACUUGAUAAACAAUAAGAAUUAUGAGGAAAGAAAAAGUAAAAGAUCAAGCCGAUGUCGAUUGAGGUAGAGUGUAUCUUCAGUACGCCCCAUGUACUUAACUGCUACUCCAAGAUCCAAACAACGAUCACACGAGUCCGCUACAGUUCCAGAAAACUUCCCCCAAAACUUUUAAGCGAAGCACCUCUCAACGAUCCUCAACGACUUUCUUUUAGAAACUAAAGAGCAAAUACUUCACUCGCAUCCUCACUGAAUCUACUGAACAGUCCUGCCCUCCUACGUAUAUUUACCGCCAAUACUCUUCUCCUUUUUUUACGAUUUAGUUUUUUCCCGCACAUUCCCCACCUCUAACAAAAUGCCGGAAGCCGUCCAGACUUUGCUGACCGAGCAGCCGGAUGUGGCCGCCGUCAAGGAAGAGGUCGCCACCCAAGACGACGUCAUCGUCGAGGGUCCGGCUCCUACCAAGGAAUUCAACGAAAAGAAGUUGAAAGUGGUAUUCGAGUUAUACGUUUUUUUGUGCGCGGCUCUUGCAGCUGCAGCUAGAGCAGCAGCUUUAAUAGCGGAUGAGUUGUUGCAUUUGCACAGACAAUCCCGGCACUUCUUUCUUGCCUUGAUACUGUCUGGAAAAAUUUAGAUUCUCCAAACAACAAUCCAAAACAGAUCGUCAAGGAAGGUGGUAAGCGCGGUGUCGAGAUCGAGGGCGCAGCUGAUAUGGGUGGUCUCCAGUUUUUUUGCACGAUGAUCGAAAAGCCGGAGGGCGACCUGGACCUCCUGAUCGAGUCGAUGAAGGCCAUGAACGCCAAAUCCAACCCGUCUGAGGAGGAGCGCAAAGGUAGCUAAUAUGUCUUUUUCGUGAAAUUUCCCGCCGAGAGGUCCGUCUGUCUGUGCGCAAAUGUCUAGAACCACAUAGAAGCUCGAGCUCCUACUCGUAAUCCAAGCGUUCCCUUGAUGCUGAUCUCCGAAGUUUUUCAUUCAUUUUUGCUUCAUUUUGCAUCGAUCCUCUUCCGUGACGUCAUCUUCAACCACGACGGUUUUCCUAUAAAAUCUUUCAGGUGGCGCCGGCAAGAUCGGAAAGAUCAUUUUCUCCUGCACGGAGAAGGCUUUCUCCGCCGUGGCCUACGUUCCGAAGAACAAGGCCGACGAGUGCAGCGCCUUCGAGUGGCUGUCCGAAGUGGUGAACAACGUGGCUGGCGCGAAGGGCGUCAAGCUGGUGAAGACUUUCGACAACAUCGAGUCCAAGUACUGGGCCGCGGUCUGCGUUCCGUUCUCCCACGAGGAGGAGCUCUACCCGAUCAAGAUGCGCGACCCGGCGAUCUCCCACGCGUACACAUAUUUGAAGAAGAAGGGCCUGUUCCCGGAGGACGACUCCGAUGACGAAGACGACUACGUCUUCGGUGACGACGACUUCCCGUAAACUCUUUCCAUCUACUCCAAGGGAUGGAGCGACUGCAUACAUUACUUGCGGUCCACCUCGUCGUGAAAAAAUGAGCAGCUACACUAGUUGAUGUUCUGCGCACUUUUCACUAGUUGAUGUUCUGUUCUUCACGAUUGAAAUAUGUGGAGGAAAAACUCGUCUUUAGCUAUUCUGCAAUAAUCCACAUUUUUCAUUUUUCUGUUAGCAUAAUUCUAUACGCGACACUGCGGCGUCAUAAUCCAUGACGACGGGAGGUGCAAUUGCUGUUAUUUUAGAUUCUUUGAGACCAUUGCUUUUCGUACGGGAGGAUAGCGAACGCGCGACUAUCUUCACGACGAAACAUGCACGAUUGAAAGCUGGUUGUGGCAAAACCUCCUAGACGGCAUGAAAAAGUUCUACGAUACUUAUUCAUACUGCGAUGUAUUGCCAUGGCGGAUGUGUCUGUGAAAAAAUUGUGAUAGUGUGGCGACAUCUGUUGAAAGAAGGUAUUUAGUACAUAUGCGCACGACGACUACGACUACCAGCGUUUUUUUCCUAGAAAAAUGACAAUGGCAUACGUAACAUACGUGCAUUAGCAUUCAACUAUGACCUGCCUGCUACGAUAAUCCAAGAUUUUGCAGUAAUGUCCGAAAAGACCUUUUGCGCACAUGAAAAUUAAGAACGAAAAAAAGUUGAGGUUGCGACGCAUUCCUGAGACUCAGAAGGGCGAUUCUAACGCCGAGGAUCAAUGUGAAAGCCUCUCGUUAGACUUUGCGAAGGUCAAGAUGGCGAAGCA